UAACAUGAUAAGAGGUACGAAUAGCAUUGCUCUUGCAUCCACUCACUUUCCUUAAAUCUGCCGUCAGUUUUUCGCCUCCGGCGUCACUGAUGAUGCGUUCAAUCUUUCUGUCCUUCGUUUUGUCCGCUUCCGCCUACGGUGAUCACCACGCACAUGGCCACCAUCACUCUCGUUUCUUCGCGCGUCAAGCUGCGUCCGGUUUUGUCCUGGCAGAGAAAGGGAGCCUUGCUAGCUAUAAGCUUAGCUCUACCUGCGAGCAGGUGGUUUACCAGACAUUGGCGUGCGAUAGCUAUGUUGCUUCAUUGAGUACCCCAAGAUACCAUGGCAGCCUUGGUGACAACGAGUUCACCGCGGAAGUCUGCGCUGCUGGCUGCGGUACUUCUCUCGCCAAUAUGCACCGGAGGAUCCUCGGCGCAUGUGUAUCCACCCCCGAGCUUUUCUCUGGAUAUCCAGUGCUCGCGCUGGUAGACAGUGUUUGGAGUGGCUGGAAUGAGACUUGCCUCGAAGACACGACAACCGGGAAGAACUGCAAUGAUGUCAUUGAUGCAUGGACCCCAGUCGAUGAGUUGACCGACAUGCCAAAGGAGCAGAUGUGCUCUAAUUGCUACAAAGCCAAAUACCAAGCCAUGCAGCAGAACCCAUAUGGUGUCUACGAUAAUCAGACCUGGAAGCCUCGCUAUGAUCUGAUCACAAAGACAUGUGGACUUUCAGGGGUGACCUCCAACCCGACACCUUGGCCUAUCCAACUGAACACCACGGAGCCACCAGCAACACUUUGCAGCGGCAGGAAGUAUAUCACACGAACUGGAGAUACAUGCGACUUGAUCGCGCAGAGUAACAGAAUAUCCGCUGGAACACUGUUCUACGACAAUCCCCUGUUGGUUGGUUGUUCGAACCUCAAAGCUGGCACAGAGCUCUGUUUGCCAACCCAGUGCAAAAGUUUGCACCAAAUCAAGGAAAGCGAUCAAUGCGUAGACGUCGCGUUUGCAGCCGGCAUUUCAUGGCAACAGCUUGUGGAGUGGAACGGUAUGGUGGAUUGCUCUGGCGCAGACAUGCGCGGCGAGGGUUUGGAUUGGGGCUCUUACGUCUGCGUUUCACCCCCCGGCGGCACAUUCACUACCCCUCCUGCGAACAAGACGGAUGGCGGGGUCGGAGGACCAGGCAGUACUGGUGAUGGGUAUGGCAAAGAGCUAGUCGAUGUACCCGCAGGUGCGAGUCUUGCGCCGCAGACCACUACAAAGUGUGGAGGGUACUACACUGUCAAGACUGGAGAUACCUGCUUGUCAAUACUGGUCACAGGCAAUGGCUCGGCUGAUUUGUUCAUCGCAGCCAAUCCAUGGCUUCGGAGCUCCCAACUCUGCGACUCUAGAUUGAUCGUUGGCCGCACGUACUGUCUUCUUCCCCUUAAGGACUUCGACAAAGCUACCCCGAAGACAACACGAACUCUUUCCUUGAGAUAGCUCGUAUUGACCAACAAAAGCUUCUGACUCUCAAUUCGUGCACUGAUGGGUACUGGCAGAAGGGCUAUCGUGAUGAAGGUUGCGAGUGUAAUACUAUCUCUAUGUUUGCAUUA